GCCAAAAUACAUUUAAAUUUUCUUAUCUUUUUUUAUCACCAUCUUAGUUAUUAAAGUAAAAAACAAAAAGGAAAAAAAAGGAGAAUAUAGAAAAAUUAUUUUAUCCAUCUCUACAUUUCAUAUAGCUAUUAAUCUAUUGAAAAACUUUCAAUGGAGUCUUAUAUCGUAAAGAUAACAAUUAUUCUUUAUAUAACAAUAACAGCUACCGAAGCGACUUUUCUUCUUCCUAUAGGAGGCAUAUUGGGAGGAAGAUUUCACCAUGGAGGUGAUGCAAAUUUUGGUGGUAACUUCAAUGUUAAUCACGAAUUUGGAGGAUCUGGUAGAUAUAAUGCAGGAGGAAAUAAAGAAAUUAAUGGCGGAGGUCAAGGGGUAGGCCAAGGUCAAGCACAAGCUCAAGAUCAAGCACAAGUUCAAGCUGAAGCCCAAGCCCAAGCGCAAGCGCAAGCCCGAGCCCAAGCGCAAGCCCAAGGUCAAGCAGUAUCCCAAGCCCAAAGUCAAGAGGUAGCCCGUGCCCAAGGUCAAGCCCAAGCCCAAGCAGAAGUAGAAGGUCAAGCCCAAGCCCAAGCACACACACAAGCCCAAGCACAAGCCCAAGCUCAAUCCCAAGCCCAAGCCCAAGCCCAAGCCCAAGCCCAUGGUCAUGCACAAUUUGGUUCUAACUUGGAAUUUGAUAAACACUUUAGAGGUGUUGGUGGCUUUAAUAACGAUGGAACUAAUCAAAUUUUAGGUUCAGGACAAGCAUCGGGUGUGGGCCAAGGGUCAGGCCAAGCUUUAGGCCAAGGUCAAGCACAAUUCGGUUCCAACAUAGAAUAUCAUAAACACUUUAGAGGUUCUGGUAGCUUUAAUUUCGAUGGAAGUAAGAAAAUUUCAGGUUCAGGGGAAGCAUCGGGUUUGGGCCAAGGGUAAGGCCUAGCUUCAUGCCAAAUGUAGGUGGUAACUUUUGGCUAGACUUGAAAAUGGUUCGAAUGUCGAAUUUUAGUGGUUUUAACAAACUAUUUAACCAAAAUGCUAAAAACAUCGAACUUGAAUUAGAAUAUCAAAAAUCAUGUAUGCAUCAAGGGACUUGAUGUUUUACAAUGCUACCCUCAAAUGGGGAGCCACCUAAAGUUCAUGAUUGAUAAAACUUAAUUUUGUACACUUAAAAUAUUGGAUAUUUGGAUGCCCCUACGGCUUUAAAUUUUGCA